CUGCAGGACCGCGACUCACGGCUUCGACAGGAAAUAGCGACGUCGCGCGCGCGCGCCGGCCCCUUUUAUAUGCCCUAGUGCCUGGCUCCGCCCCCCCCUCCCGGGGCGCGCCCGCUCUCUGCCAGGGACCAAUCGAAAGGGAGCCUUCAAGCCCCGCCCACACAAAAGGGCCGAGGAGUUCUCCCGCGAAAUUUUUCCCGCCGAGACCACGCCCCCUCACUUACGUCACGGCCGACAGAGUCAAUCGCCGCUGAAAUGGUCGGCUUCCGGCUGUAAUGAAGAACCAAUCAAGGUGGGGUGCGAAACCCUCCUGCCUCCACAGUACCUACUGACAUCUGGUCAGGAUGGAAAGCAUCUCUUGAGCUGGUUCACGGACAGAUCCCUUCUGAGUGUGGGGCUUGGAGGUCACUUCACGAAUGCUGGCUGGGCUCCUCAAGACCCAUGAAGCCAAGCACCAAGGAUGAGACUGUUCUUCUCAAAGCAGAACCGGUAGGAGUCACAGCAGGGCAGAGUCCAUGAGCCCAGCAGGCCAAUGGGAAGUCAGGCCAGAAACCAGACCACAGCACCAGGAGUCGGAGGUGGAAAACAAGCUGGAUGGCGAAACAGCGUCAGACAGCGAAUGCAAGUCCGAUGUUGCCCCAGCCGCUCCGGUGGAUGAUACACCAGAAGUGCUCAACAGGGCGCUCUCCAACCUAUCCUCAAGAUGGAAGAACUGGUGGGUCCGAGGCAUCCUGACGCUGGCAAUGAUCGUCUUUUUCUUCAUCAUCAUCUACCUGGGACCCAUGGUGUUGAUGAUGAUUGUGAUGUGUGUGCAGAUAAAGUGUUUCCAGGAGAUCAUCACGAUCGGAUACAGCGUCUAUCAUUCGUAUGAGCUCCCGUGGUUCCGAACGCUGAGUUGGUACUUCCUGCUCUGCGUGAACUACUUCUUCUACGGAGAGACGGUCACGGAUUAUUUCUUUACUCUGGUCCAGCGGGAGGAGCCCUUGAGGAUUCUCAGCAAAUACCACCGCUUCAUUUCCUUUGCCCUCUAUUUAACUGGCUUCUGCAUGUUUGUCUUGAGUCUGGUCAAGAAGCAUUAUCGGCUCCAGUUUUACAUGUUUGGCUGGACCCAUGUGACUUUGCUCAUAGUGGUCACCCAGUCGCACCUCAUCAUUCACAACCUGUUUGAAGGAAUGAUCUGGUUCAUCGUCCCAAUAUCCUGCGUCAUCUGCAAUGACAUCAUGGCCUACAUGUUUGGGUUCUUCUUUGGACGCACCCCACUUAUUAAGCUCUCCCCAAAGAAGACCUGGGAAGGCUUUAUUGGAGGCUUCUUUGCAACCGUCGUUUUUGGCCUGCUGCUGUCGUACGUGAUGUCUGGCUAUCGGUGCUUCACGUGUCCGGUGGAGUUCAACAAUGACACCAACAGCUUCACGGUGGACUGCGAGCCUUCGGAGCUGUUCCAGCUACACGAAUACAACAUCCCGUCCUUAUUCCAGUCCGUCAUCGGCUGGAAAACGGUCCGGAUGUAUCCCUUCCAAGUCCACAGUAUUGCGCUCUCCACGUUUGCAUCUCUCAUUGGUCCCUUUGGAGGAUUUUUUGCCAGUGGGUUUAAAAGAGCUUUUAAAAUCAAGGACUUUGCCAACACCAUUCCAGGGCACGGCGGCAUCAUGGAUCGGUUUGACUGCCAAUACCUGAUGGCCACCUUUGUCAACGUGUACAUUGCAAGCUUUAUCAGGGGUCCCAAUCCGAGCAAACUGAUCCAGCAGUUCCUCGCUCUGCGGCCAGAUCAGCAGCUGCACAUCUUCAACACGUUAAAGGCACACCUUGUCGAUAAGGGGGUGCUGGCAGUUUCUGAGGACCUGUAGGCACCUGUGCUGUCUGGAUGGGACUGAAUGCAGGCAAACCCACUCACUGAAGGAAACCCCCCCCCGCCCCGUCCCAGGAGCUUGCCUGAUUAAGACAGUAGCCUCUCACCUCUCUCAUCUCCCCCCCCCCCUUCUCAUUUAAAAAGGUUGCAUUUGUGGGAUUUUAAAAAAGCAAUGUAUUUCUAAGGUUUCAAGCGGACAAGUGGGGGCUUUUUAGUUGGGCAGGGGCUGCGGCCUAGAAAGAGAAGCCUAUCAAGUGUUUGGGAAGGUCAUCGUGCCUCCCCAGAUCUGCGUGGUGGUUUUUCCUCCAGAAUGUAUGGUCAGAAAGCUGCAAGAAAGGUCUUCUCGUUGCUUCUGGAAGAGCGCGUGAAAAGAAGGUGGACGAAGACAGAGAGACUGCACUGAACAGAGUGUUUAUUAACCAAAAAAACUGGUGUGUGGCAUUUCAGCAUAUGACACACGUACUAGAGUCCCGCUCUCCAGUUUCGCCUUCAUUGUGUGGUGGACCCAGCACGUGUUUACAGGGGGCAGAGAAGCUACUGGAGCCCUCCAGGGGCCUCGAUCCGUGUCCGAGAAGAAGUGAGCCACGUUCCCCACCUCCCUGCUGCGUUGGCAUAUGGCGGGGUCGUCACCUGGCCUUUCGGGCGAUGUGUCCAUCUCGUAAUAGGGGCUAGAUCUGCCACAGGCAGCCUGGCCCCAUUGUAGGAAUCGGUCCUUUCUCUGCCACAAUUCCGGUGACCCAGGGUUCUUCACAUGGACUCGCAAAGGCAAAUGGGGUGCCCUGCAGCUUUCCUGGGGGGCAGCGGCUCAGACUUGUGGGACAUUCCUCGGCGGGUUCUAGCAGUAAAACCCCUCGCCUUGCUUCUGCGCGGAUUCGGCGAUAUGGAAGCUGCACAAGCAGAAAGGUGCUGCUGAAAGGUCUCCAGCUGUCUUGGUGAGGUUGGCGCAUCUCUGGUGUCACGGAGGUCCAGCCAGAAAAGGGAUGUGACACUCAACUGCUGGGCCGUGUGGGGAGGAUGGGAAACCCAGAGGAGAGGACUCUCCUUCAAGACCCGAGAGAGAACGUCUCAGAUCUUUACUGAACCAGAGUGAGCAAAUGGCUGUGGAGAAAACAAGAAGUCUGCUAAAGAAAAGCAAACUAUUAUUUUUUAAGGAUUUUUCUCCCCUCUCCACAAAUCCUACUGAAUAAUGUUUUUAAAAUAAUCUUUCUUCAUUUUACUGGAUGAAAAGCAGAAGGGUGUAGUGUGUAAAAUAUAUGCAUAUUGAUGCAGAAAACCUGAUUUCUUGGAAGAUGAGGAAAAGAGAAAUCCUCAGCAGCUGUGUUCCCAUGUUGGGAAAACCAUUGUCCAGUUUCUCCCAGAUAUGAGAGUACUAUCAUAUCUGGGAGAAAUGAUCAGAAUUCUAGUCCUCAUGGUGAUGGUAAACUCCUGUCUGGGCUGUACCACUUGAGAUGUCAAGUGGAGGUUGGUGUGACUGAAUGCUUCACCUCCCACCAAAAAGGGGUUAAGCUAGAACUCUUCUUCCCAAUAAACUGGUUUUCUGUGUGGCGUUGUCCAUCCUGACAGACUUCCACAAGCAGUCUGAAGUGGUACAGCCCCAACCUGAGCUGAGGACUAGGCCUUGGAAUAAAAUGCAUACUGGAUUGGCGGUUGUGCGUCUGGGAAUGCAACAGAAGCUUCUCCACCCGGCGAUAGCAUCCAGGGAUGGUCUUGGCCCCGGCAGCUAGGACUUUUUCUUUGUGAGGGAGGGGAGGGUGAGGCGUCUCCGAGAACACCCUUUGAAGUCGGGAGCUUGUCUCACCAGCAGGGGGAGCCCUUCUCCAAACUGGCACUAGGCAGAUCUUUCCAGCCUGGGAGGCUGACACGGCACCGUGUGGCAUGGAACUACUGGAGUGGGCAUCUUGGAGAUAUUGUCACACCGUUGGCUGGGAAGAAAAGAAAGAAAGAAAGAAUGCCCCCCUCCAAACGCUCUGUGUGAAGAGUGCCCUCCCCCUUUAAACAGCCCUUUGCUGACUCUUCCAGGUUGCUCUUACUCUCUCCCCAGUCUUAGGCGCAAGCUCCAGAAGGGCAAACGUGCAUUUGAAGCUGCCUGGCCGGGGUGUGUGUGUGUAACCAAGGGGUGAAGGGCUCCCUCUUGGCUGCUUCUCUGCUCCCUCCCCUAAAGCUGCGCUGCUGUCGUGUCACAUGCAUGCACGUAGCUUGCAGGGUGGGCCACGUGUGCAGCAAUGCCACACACACACGCGCGUGCCCCCCGGAUGCCGCUCUCUAGCUUGUAAGCAUAAUUGGCAUAAAUGCCCAGCGCCCGUGUCUGGGCGGCUUCCUGGCCUGCAGAGACUCCUGCGAGGGGCAGGUGCCUUCCGAGGAGCAGCCCUCCCGCUUCUGUCUCUGCUCGGGAACAUGCUGCAGUUAGCUCCGCGCAAAACCCAACCGGUCUCUGUUCAGGGGGUGGGAGUGCCUCUUCGGAGUGUGAUUCAGCUUUGCAGGCAGCCUUCCGUUUCAAGCUGGGCUGCUUUACUUUUGAGUCCAGCUGGGGUGUGCUGGUUCCCCCCCCUUUCUCUUCUGAAUGAUGGCGGCGUGUUUUUCCUUUGGUAUAAUUUCCCUUGUUUUCCAAGUGUUCCUUUUCAUUUCAGCCCUUCAUGCAUGCCGUUCUCCCCCCCCCCCCCCCAGUUGAUUGAAAAAUGUGAAUUCGUUUCUAACGAUGGAGACUCCCGCGGUUUAAAGCAUUGCAUUAGUAGUCUAGGCUUUAAGCAGAGCGUGUUUUUAAGCAGAGCGUGUUUUGUUUAUUACAUCACUGUGGUGGAUCUAGAACUCCACCGUAUGCAAAGUUGCUGUUCUCUGUGCCCUUCUUACUCUCUUUUCAGCAGAACUACAAAAGCCCAGUUCAAUAAAAUCAGCAGGAUCAAGAAGAAAAGUAUUUCCUGGACUCUACCACUUGAGACAGCAGGGGUGCGGGUAUGUGAUACGCCCUGAAUCCUCCUCUUUGAAACAAGCAGCCUGCAUUAAAACAGGAUUUCUGGGAGAAGGCAUCCUAAUUUCUGCUAUCCCGUUAUUCUGUGGGUUCAUGGAGGAGUCUUCAAGCACGUAGCCUUCCACCCCUGCUGGAAUGGUGAAGGCCAAGAAGUGUUUUAUCCCAUCUCCUGAUUCUUAUAAACUGACCUUCAUUCAAGCUGUGUUAGAGACUCUCCUUUGUUUCUGACCUCUCGGUUAACCAUUGGGGAAAGAGAGACUCACAGCACUAUUUAUAGAUCUCUGAAGGUUUGCUGUCCAAAGCGAGCACACGGAAAGGAUUCUUCCAAGCUGGCUAACUUAUAGUUCGGUUGAAUAAAAGACGUUUUGUCUCCUGUGCUGGGCAUUCUCCAGGCGCCUUGGCCUGGGUGGCUCUUUGCAGUGGCCACGGAGCUGCUAAAAGCCAAGUGGGUCACUGGGACAGAGCCGUCGGAGUGUUGAUGGACGGGAGGCCAGCUGCCGUUGGAGUGCCCUCUUAGCCAGCGCAGGGAAGGCCGCAUGUUGAGUUGGCCGCUUGAUUGCUUGAGCUCAUUAAAAGGUCGUCUCUUAAUUACACGUAGGUCAGGUUCGAAUCACUUGGUUAAGGAGAGCCCUUGCCUCUCUCUCAGUGGGACGGACCAGGAUCUUGGGCCGCUGAAGCCGGCCUCUGUUUCGGGAGCAGGUUCAAGCCCUGCCGAUGGGCAUAUGGGGCGGGGCUGAGGCUGCCGCUGCCCUGGGCUUGGCAAGCAGCCUGCAAGGUCAGUUCUCUUGGCUCAGCGGAGCAUCCUGGUGCGGUGUGUGUCGUAUUUACCCAAGCAGCUAGCUCUCCACUGGCAAAGACACAGGAGGGGACGUCAGGAGCCCCCCUCGGCUCCGGCCCGGCUGUAAUGCUGACAGCCACUGCGGGUCAUUAAUACGCUGCGACAUUAAAAGAUGGCAAUCUAGCUGAAAAUACAGCAUGUGUUUCACCUCUGAGGCAGUCCUAAGAGGAGUAUAAUGAGGCCACCCGUUGUAAUACCAAGCGUGAACACUGGAGGGCGUGUUGGUUCCUCACCCAGAUGGAAAGGACUGGUUUUCAGUGAUCUUUCAUGAAGACACACAUCCCACCCCACCCCACCCCCCCACACACAAUCCCGUCUUUUGAUUUUUGGAGCAGAACAUCAGGGAGCAAAAGGCAGUUCGUCGCCAGGAUGCAGUGGAAGUGCUCAGGGGGCAGUCCGAAAUACAGCUGCAGUAUCUGAUGGCAAAAAAGCUUUCUCUUCCCACCUUUGUCCAGAAGGACCAUCUUCGGUUUUCAGACUCUGUAACCUUCAGACCAGGCAUGUCCAAUUUCCGAAUUAGCCUGCAGGGACUGUGCCCUUUCCUCAGCGGGCUAGCCAGGUGCAGAGGCAUACUGCAAAAAGGCUGGUAGCUGGGUGAACAUCAGGGGCAUCUCUCUGCGCUGCCCAGAGCUCACCUGAGCCCAGGUGGGCCACAGUUGUGGAGGCCUUGAAGAGCAGUGUCAGGGAUGCCUCUUUCCCUGCAAGGGCAGAGCUGGGCCCAAGUAUUAUUCUGCUUUUCUUAGAGCUACGGAAGCCUAAGCCCAGGGGAAUGAGAGACAUCAAUAAGGGGUGUCAAUGGGCUGGAUCACCAGUUGGGCACCAGAGAGUUGGCAGUGAUAUUGCAAGUAGGAUUUGAAGGGAUGACUGAGUGGAGUUCGGAGGAACUGGAGGAAUACUGCAAGUCCAGAUGGCAGGCUUGGUUUCCUUCCUCUCUUCUCCCCCCCCCCCACCAAUCAAAAGGUCUUGUGCUGUUGCUGAGCUUCAUAACUAGUGCAAAGUUUUAAGGUGUUGGAAACUUGAUGGCGGCUUCAUGGCCUGGGCUGCGCAUUCAGCAGAAGGAUUGGGUGGGAGUUCUGGAAGAUGGGCAGCCCCAUUUCAGAGGUGGACUAUCGCCUUGUGGAAUGCCCCCUGAUGUGAGAAACAAAGGAGAACUUGCAGGUGGGAAGCUAGCACAACAGGAAACAAGCUGGACUAGAUUAGUAGUUUUCUGCUUGCAAGGGGAUGGUUUGCUUGGAAGGUCGGUGUGUCGGUUUGCUUGGAAGGUCGGUGUGUCGGUUUGCUUGGGCAGGUCUAGAUUAGCAGUUUUUCUGCUUGCAAAGGGGUUGGUUGGUUGUGCUCCUACUUAGAGAAGUCUAAGAUGGAAGAUGGCCUACUCUACCACCUCCGGAUUCUGCUGCAGGUGCAGACCAACACCUCAAGGCUCGGUUGCAAGGGUUUUGAAGAGGGGCUCCAGAAUCUCUCCCAGUAUGUCUCCCGGGUUUUCCUCAGGGCAGCUCUUGACCCGCGGCAAUCAGGACAGCCCCCCACAGAGGUCUGAGCCUAGCAAGACUCCGAAAGGUUUCUGCAUUCCAUGACUGCCUUUUGACAAGAGGUUUUCCCCAGUGCGUUGAAGCAAUCUCCUCUCCAUGCUUUGAACUUGCAUCAUCCAUGCGUUUGCAUGCUCUCGCCGCCCUCCCCAAAAUAUCAUGUCGGCAGGCUCUUCUCCCCACCUGAUACCUUUUGCUAGCAGCUCUGUAUGUUUGAAGGGGUGGGUGUAGCUUAGCUAGCAGAACACCUUAGUCAGCAAUACUACUCCCUCGUCGGCAUGUCCUGUGUCAAUGAGAACUUGUGAGCCCCUUGAUGCCUGUCACUCUUGCAGGAGCUACGCUCUGUACUGCUGAGAACUCCUCUCUCCCUCCCCAACUUGGUCACUCUUUUUCAGAUUAGGUGUAUUUAUUCUAUUCAUGCCAUUUGCUUAUCUCUCUGUGCAUUGUGCCCGUGUGGGGGUUGUUUUUUAAAACUUUUGGCAGGUGUGGGGGAUGUCAAUUUUUUUUGCAAAUACACAUAGAUUUGCCUUUUGGGGGGGGGGUGUUCUCCGACUGUCAGAAUGUGAGAUAAUGUAUAAAUGUAUUUUAACCUAUUUAUAUACUGUAAUGUUUACUGUUAAAUAAACUCUAUCUAAAUUG